UAUCCGACGACUGAUUUAACUUCCUGGUUGAUCGAGAUUAGUUCGGAGCUAGUAAAAGGAGGGUGGCCAAAUCAUGGUUGAGAAGUGUUGUUAAAGUUUGCCAGUUCAGGUAAAUCUUACACCAUUUCCUUUCGCAUUGAGUUCUUCGAUCGUUGGACAGGAAGACCGGUUUUGGAUUGGGUUCUGACGGGAGAAUUUAACACCAAGCAAGAUGGCUUCUCGAAGGUGGUUUCACCCUAACUUGGCAGGCGUCGAUGCUGAACGAUUCCUCAUGGAUGGGGGCUUCGACGGGAGUUUUCUCUGCCGGCCGAGCAAGAGCAACCCCGGUGAUUUCACCUUGUCAGUCCGACGCUCUGGUGAGGUCACCCAUAUAAAGAUCCAGAACACUGGUGAUUAUUUUGACUUGUACGGAGGGGAAAAGUUCGCCACGCUAGCAGAGCUAGUGCAACAUUACACCGAAGGAAGAAAUCAACUUAAGGAGAAGAAUGGACUCGUGAUUGAACUCAAAUAUCCACUGAACUGUGCAGAUCCAACAACAGAGAGGUGGUUCCACGGUCACAUCACGGGCAAGGAGGCUGAGAAGGCGCUCAUGGAGAAAGGGAAAAAUGGGAGUUUUCUUGUUCGGGAGAGUCACAGUAAGCCAGGGGAUUUUGUCCUGUCGGUACGGACCGAGGAUAAGGUCACUCAUGUCAUGAUCAGAUGUCAGGACACAAAAUAUGAUGUCGGAGGAGGAGAACAGUUCAUGACCCUUGCAGACUUGGUGGAGCAUUAUAAGAAAAACCCUAUGGUAGAGACCACCGGCUACGUUGUCCAUCUUAAACAGCCCUUCAAUGCAACCAGAAUCGCUGCUUCCGGCAUCAGAAGUAGAGUGGAAGUUCUGGAGAAGGAGACUAGCUCAAGACAGAACUCCAAGAAGGCAGGCUUUGAGGAAGAGUUUGAGGCAUUACAACAAUUAGACGCUAAGCAUUUACUGAAGCGACACGGCGAUGAACCGGAGAACAAAGCCAAGAACAGAUAUAGAAAUAUUCUACCGUUUGAGGACUCGAGAGUUAUACUAAAAGACAAUGAAGGCGGAGACUACAUCAAUGCUAACUAUAUCGAUAUAAAAGAAGUAUACACAUUCGACGCUGGGUUGGCUUUAGCUUUACAGCAGAACCAACUUGCAAUUCAAGCGGGGGAGAAUGUCGAGCGGAUGGACAACAGCUGCGAGAAGCAGAAACGCUACAUUGCCACGCAGGGCUGCCUCAAAGAUACCAUCGUGGACCUCUGGAGGAUGGUCUGGCAGGAGAACUCCAGAGUUAUCGUCAUGACGACCAAGGAGGUGGAAAGAGGGAAGAAUAAAUGUGUCCGCUACUGGCCUGACCCCGACAGGAAGAUAGAGAGGGGCAAACUGACCGUUACUUACAGCAGCGAGCAACUCAAGGAGGAUUACGAUCUGAGACAGUUCACACUCACGCACAAAGAUCACCCAGAUGAGAUUAGAGCAGUUUAUCACUUCCACUUCAAGAGUUGGCCGGAUCACGGCGUCCCCUCAGAGCCUAGUCGGGUGCUCAGCUUCCUCCACGACAUCAACAUGAAACAGGAUGAGAUACCGGGUGCCGGACCAAUCGUUGUCCACUGCAGUGCUGGUAUUGGUCGGACGGGCACCUUCAUCGUCAUCGACAUCAUUCUUAACCUCAUUAACCAACACGGUCUGGAUUGCGAAAUUGACAUUUUCAAUACGAUUCGACAAGUCAGGGGCCAGCGGUCGGGGUUGGUUCAAACGGAAGCGCAGUACAAGUUUGUUUACCAGGCCGUACAGCAGUACAUUGAAACCAUGACAACUAGGGUCAAAGCUGAACAGAAUACGCUCAAGACAGGUCGGGAGUACAUCAACACAAAGAAGGCGCAUUAUGAGCUUCAGACGCCCUCGCUUGGCAGUCACGUGCUGCCGUCACAUGUAGCCCCUCCUCCGAAGGACAGGGUCAUGCAAGAACAAAAACUGUACGAGAACGUUGGACCAAUGAGGUCGCCCCCAGCUGGAUCCAAAAAGCAGUUCUCUCAUGCGCCGUUGCCAAAAAAGUAGUUGUAUAGCAGUGUCGCCCCUUCAAACCAACCCACCAGCCGGGUGUGUUAAAUAGCUACAUCACCCAAGAUUUUUUUUAGAGUGCGGCCAGAUUUACUUCCUGAGUAGUCGCAGAGGAGUUUGAAAGUGUCGUCGUCAGCAGUUGUAAUACAUAGUCAGAAUGGUUUACUUUAGUCAUUAUUUUUUUACAAUAUUAUAUGCAGUUGACUUCCCCUCUACUUACGUCAGAGUUCAAACUCAAAUCUCACUUAUUAAGAAAAAUUUCUGUUCCUUUAUGUAACAUCCAUGAACAUUGGUUAAGAUGGCUUGCUUAUUUCUAUAAACUCUUUCAACCAUUCAGAAUAAUCAAUGCUCAAUUUUUGUUUUGUUUUCCCCCCCCCAAAAAAAAAAAUUGGAUGCUAGAAGCCAAAACAAGCCAUUGAAAACGCCUGAGGUGGUAGAGUAUUGAAUUAAAAUUAUCUGCUUUCAUAUUGUGCGGGUAUAAUGCACACCCACAAAGUUAAGUGUAAAUUUAGAAUUUAUUUUUUGAAAUGAUUUUUUCUUUCAUUUAUAAUUCAAUACGUGUAAAAUGUUUUUGUUGGAAUACAAUAUUAUUUAGGUGUAUAGCACAUAUUUUUGUUGUCUUGAAAAUCAUAAGACACAAUUUCUCUGAUCUGGGUCUCAUUUUUGUUUAGGGCUGUGUAAGUGGAAGAAGAAUGCUAAAUAGGAAUGACUAAUCUGCUUAGCAUGAAACCAGCUAAAUGUACAUCACAAAGCUGACUGGUAUUCUGUUUAUCCCCUGCUGUGAAAAGCCUGUAAGCAAACGCUUUAAUGCUUACCGAGCGGCCCAUAGCCGUUUCCAUUUCAUAAACACUGCGUACCGUCUGUUUGUUAUUAUUCAGAUCAGUUUCUGGAUUAUUAUGACAGAAAUUUGUACACUGGGGGAAAAUAAAAGUUGAAAAGAGAGAGGGA